AUUUAGCUUUCGGUGAAGAAUUUUGUGUUGACGCUCUCACAGUCUUUUCUGCUUUCGCGCUUCUGCAGGCUUAGGAUGCAUCAUGGAGGAUGAAAACGACGAGUUCAAUAUCCACAUAUCAAGAUAUCGUCCAGAAGAACUUCACAAACUAGCGUCCAGAACAAAGUUUACUAGGAAAGAAAUUCAGCUGAUGUACAGGGGCUUCAAACAGGAAUGUCCAACGGGUAUGGUUGACGAGGACUCGUUCAAGCACAUCUUCUCGCAAUUCUUCCCUCUUGGCGAUGCAACAAACUAUGCACACUACGUAUUCAACACAAUGAAGCAGAAACAGUCUGGAAAAAUUAGUUUUGAUGAUUUUAUCAAUAUCCUAUCCAAAGUAUCCAGAGGUAGCGUACAAGAAAAGCUACAAUGGGUAUUCGGAUUAUACGACCUCAACGGUGAUGGACUCAUUUCAAAGACAGAGAUGGUCGAUGUAGUUUCCAGUAUUUAUCAAAUGUUAGGUAGAGCUACCCGUCCUCUUGUGGAUGAUACAUCUGCGAAAGAACAUGUCGAAAAAAUUUUUCACUUAAUAGAUACGAAUAAGGAUGGAGUAGUAACAAUAGAAGAAUUAGUCCAAUGGUGUUCAAGGGACGAGAACAUUCUGAAAUCCCUUGAAACCCUAGACACUGUAUUGUGAUCCUCAUCUUUAUAUCCAAUUGUACAAAUGAUACAUUGCCACUUGUGUCUGUUGGCGUCUAUACAUAACUCAAUAUUUCGUACCAAAUGAAAUUUUAUGUGAUCUUGAAUUCCUGAAAUCGAGAGGAUUGUCUUGUUCUUUUUUGACUGAGUCGAGCCUUCGGCUCAGUUGAGAUUAUUCUUGAAUCCAUGUGAACGAUUAUUUAUUAUAGCUGCGAGGCUUACGAAGCUUGUCGCUAUUAUGUGUUACUGAUAAGAGUUUUAUAUCUCGAACGAAAAAUAAUUUUGAAAAGGGAAAAACUAGCUGUAAAUUGUGCCAGCGCAAAUAUAUCUCCUAAAAGAUCCGAUUUUUCAUAAGACAUUCUAGAUAUUUUGAACAUAUGUCUAUUCUGGGUCCAUUCAAAUUUAAUAUAGAUAGUCAUAUAUCUUUAUUCAAGUUUUGAUGUUCCUAUCGAAAGGUUAUUUAGAAUAGUUGGAAAUAUUUCAAAGAUUUAUCGUUGAUGCAUUCUAUCUCUGUCCAAUCUAUAGUUGACGAGUUUUGUCAGUAGAAGCUGCAGAAUUCAUCAGUCAAAUUUACCUAUCCCUAACUGAACUGUCUUUAUGCUUCAAUUUUUCCAAGCAGAUUAUAUACUUAAAUACUCGUAUGUGAUAUUGAUAUUAGAUAUAUUCGAAAUAUUAACAUAAAAUCCCAACAAUAAUAACCUGCUUCAUGAAAAAUAUCUUCAAUUUAUCGUUAUAAAAAGCUGAAACUAUUUUCAACACUACAAGAAGAACAUAAUCAAUAACUCGACAGUAUUAUGGUGUAGAACUGUAAAUUUAUGUUUAAAUGAAUCUACCCACUUCCUGUAGAACUUAGAUAUAAGGAAAUUUUAUUUCAAUGUGUAUUUUGGAAACAAUUCCGAAAAUUUUGUCAUUGUAUUGAUGGUGUUUUUUUUUAUUUAAUGCAGUUUUCAUCUUGGAAUUAAUAAAAUUCCAAGACUCAUCAAGAAUGUGGUACAAUUUGUAAGAUAAAACCUUAUUGUGAUAGUAUUAAGAAUAUUAAGAAAUGUUUGAAAUUUUUAAUGCAAAAGAUGUCCAUUUCGAACAUUCAAUUUGUGUCACAAGCUUUAUUGACAAUGUAUUUGUUUAUUACUCUACGUUGAAUUUAUCCCUUUGAUAAGUACAAUAAAUAAAUAUAAGUGUUGUCUCCA